AAAAAAAGAAAAAGGUGAUGUGAUGUCGUAAGUUGAAGCGGGUGGCCGUUACAAUCAUUUUUUUGUUCUUCAGGAUUUUUGUUUCCGCGAACCGUACUCUCUUUUUAUAAGUAUGAUUUGCACAAUUAUUGGCUUCUAAAUUAAAGCACUUGGGUGUCAGCAUCUCCAUAAAAUAACAUCUUUGAGCAACAGUUGAGUGAACUUCACAGCACACGAGUAUACCUAACUUUUGGACCAUGUCUUUCGCAAAAGCCAAGAUUCAUCGCUUCAAUGAUGAUGUCUCUUGUGCUCCACCUCCAGGUGCUUAUGAUCCGAAGUUUGAUGAUAAAGGAAAAGCCAUCCCUAUAGUGAUUCACACCUCAGAGCGGUUUAAAGAAAAGAAACCAUCGGACAGUCAAUCACUAUGUUCAUCCACGGAAAGUCUGGAUUCAAUUGGUUCAGGCGUUGCUCCAUUUCGAACACCACAGCUACCACGGCGCAGGAUUCCUCUGACUCCUGCUCUUUCAACCUCAAAACUAGACAGAAUGUUUUCCCAGAAAAAACCAGGAAAUUCAUCUUCUUGCUGUGACAGUCGGCUCAAAAUGGAAAGUAAAUUGAAAGAAAUUGAAGGGUUGAAAGAAGAACUUAAAAAACUAGAGGGAGAGCUGGUCUUGAAGCAAGGAGAAAAGGAGGCGCUGGAAAAAUUGCACUCUGAACAUCUACUCAAGUUAUCAGAUUCUCAUACAGAUAUAUCUGCAAAACUUCAUCUAACUACCAAUAAUCUUAAAGCAGCUGUAGUAGAGCUUGCAGACCUCAAAAAAGAGAAUGAUGAGCUCAAAUCGACCAUCAAAGUCAAGCAAGAGACAAUUCUCUCUGUCCAGGCUGCGUUGUCAGAAAUGGGUCUGAAAAUGAGUGACAUGAAGAACCAUUACGAUCAAGAAAAAGCUAAGAUCAAACAAGAUCAUUUAAUGGAAUAUACACAGCAGAAACAAUUAAUUGCAGAUCUUGAGAGUAAAAUGGACAGUGAGCGAAACGAUUACAUCAAUUAUAUCAAUGAUUUGAACGGUCAAAUCUCAGAACUGCAAGAGGAAGAGAGCUCUGUGAAGUCCAAAUUAACCGAAAAGGAGGCUGUCGCUGCAGAAAUUGAGAAGAAAAUGAAGGAGAAAGAAGCCGAGAUUUCAGCUUUAAUUGCAGAAAAAACCCAAUUAAAAAACGAACUAGCUGAAUUAUUAAGUGCAAAAGAAACUAUUGAGAAACCGCUUGAAGCUCUUAAGGCGGAGCUGAAAUCAAAGGAAGAAGAAGUAUCGGCAUUGCAAGAACAAGUAUCAUAUCUGGAGCAACAGAUGCAUCAUAUGAAAAUUGAAAAAGAAAAAAUAAUGAUAGACAAUGCAAAUACUAUGCUGGAACUUUCUUUGAAAAAUGAAGAGCGUUUGCAAACGACAAGAGAAGCUUUUGAGAAUCGCUUACGAGCACUUCAGUCCAACCUAGCUGAGGAUGAGAACAACUAUAGAGGUCUUCAAACUUGGCUUGCGGAUCGUUUAGAGUCUCUUCAAGAAAACCUUGUUUCAGAGCUGAGCACUAUUGAAACCAAUAACCAAGCGAAGCUCGACGAAUUAGCCGGUUCAUACAGCGGAAUUGAAAGCAAAAUAAAAACUGUCAGAGGCACCCUUCACAGCAGAAUCAGCAAGUACGCUGCUGAAUCAGAGAGCAAGUAUAAUCAGAUAGUUGACAGAUUAGCUGGCAAGAAAAAAAAAGCGGAAGCUGAAAGAGAUGAUUUGAAAGCGAGAACUGAAAGCCAAGAAAUGAGCAUCAAAGAAUUAGAAAACAACUUAUUGAUGGCUAAGAAAGAGUGUAAAAGUCUGCAUGUAGCCUCAAAAAAUGCUCAGGCAGCGGUAGAAGCUCUCAGCUCACAUCUAGAACAAGCUGGGACACGUAUCGAAUCUCUGCAAGAAGAAAAGCAAAAGCUGGCCGAUUUAUUGAAGGAAAAAGAAUUGGCAUACGAGAAACUCGAAAAAUGUAUGAACGAGCUUGAAAUAGCAUUAAUAGAGGAAACCAAACUCAUCCACGAUAGAUUACUCAACGAGGUUGAAAAGUUUAAGCAAAUGGCAAAAGCUCAAAAAGAAAUGUACGAAGAAAAAUUAGACGAGUCAUUAAAGCGCCAGUUAACCCUAGAAGACCAAAUCAAUGAAUCUGAAGUUGUCGUCAACAGUCAGAGUUUAGAGAUUCAAAUUUUGAAAUCCAAAUUAGAAAAUGAAGAUGGAGAAAACGCUGAACUCAAAGAGAUUCUAAGAAACAUAUCCCUGAAAGUCAGUGAAUUUUGCUCCGAUCAGAACGAGGGCAUUUAUGAAAGCAAGACUUUGAUCUGUGAUUAUUUAGAAAGAUGUUUAGAAAAUGCCAAAAAUAAUGUAGCAAUUAUCAAUCAGUUGAAUUCGUCACUCGCAGAGAAAGAAGCAACCAUCCAAAAGCUAGAGGCCAGCAAGAAAGAACUGAAUGAAAAAUUCGAAAGCUUGGAGAAUAACUCUAAUCAUCUCCUCUUACAGAACGGAGAGCACCUUGAACAGUUUGCAAAGUUAAAAGAAGAUGUAGAGUCUGCUCAAAAAAGAAUCGACUGUCUCACCGCGGAGAAAGACUGCUUAAACAGCCGACUGUCUGGACUGAAAGUUGAGAUUGAGUCGCUUAAUAAUUCAAACCUAGAUAAAGAUAGAACCAAUCAAGCGUUAGCAAAAGAGCUCAGUUUGAAAGAUGAUACGAUAGAAAUCAUGUCCAGGGAUCUUGCUCACUUGAAUAGCACCCUACAGGCUCAAGAAAAUUUAUUAUCAGAAGCGAACAAGAGCCUGGAAGAAAAACAAUGUGAAAUCGUUGAUCUUGAAGCUUCUAUCGAAUCAUACUAUUGUAAACUCAAGGAGAAAGAAGAUUUCAGGGAGCAAGUAGCUGAAAAGGAGCAACUCAUCAAAGAGCUGAUCAAAGAAAAGAAAGAACUAAUCGAAGAGAAAAAUCAAAUGAUGCAAGAUUAUGCAGAGAAAGUUGUGUAUUUGGAGAGCUUGAAUUCUGAAUAUUUCGAGAAGUUGCAAGGACUAGAAUCUUCUUCGCAGUGUCUUGAAGAUGAGCUGAAGGCAGUUAGAACAUCAAACCAGCAAUUGAAAGAUGAAAAUGAGCGUGUGAUCAAACAGUUGGAAACAGUCCAGGAUGAGAAAGAAAGUCUGAAAGUUGUAGUUUCUCGCAGUAGCUGUAAUCUGAAAAUGAUGAGCGAGAAGUUGACAGAAUUCAACAAACUUGAAGGUAAAAUUGAAGAACUUGAAUCAUCUCUAAAAGAAAGGAAUGAGAACUUGGAGGAGUUCGAGAAAAAUUUGGCAGCGUUAACAACGCGUAAGAACUAUUACAAGCAAUGGGCAGCUGAUCUCCAAAAAGAACUUUCAACCGUAGAAUCAUCUAAAAGACAAAACGAAGAGCUGAAAAAGAAAUGCAGUGAUUUGGAAACUUUAAUCGGCCCGUUCCGUCAGCAUCUGGAAGAUUAUGAACGAGAAAACAAAGUACUGGAAUCCACGAAUGAGGCCUAUCAAGAGGAGAAGAAGGCUUUACUGUUGAAAUUUGCAGAUCUCCUCGGCCACCAAAAUCCCAAACAGAAGAUAAAGUAUAUUAACAAAAUUAUAGAAGAAAAUAAUGAACUGCACAAGGAGAUUGAAAGAUUGAAAAAGCGGUUACGGAAGCUCCAAAGUACGGAAAAGGCGAAUGUUGAAAACGGCCUAAAUACUGUCAAAGUGGACGGAGGUGGACUCAACCCUGUCAAAGUAGACGGAUCCUCUAGUCCUCGCCCUGCCAAAUUAGAGAAGAACCCUCUGAGAGAACGGAAUUAAACAAGAUUUUCGAACAGUUUGUUGAUUCUAUUUGUCUUAUGUCUCGAGGCAAGAUUCUCCUAAACCUGUUUUUUAUUAUUUUUACUUUUGUGAUUAAUUUUUUGUAAUGAGACAAUGAGAGGAACGAUUUAUGUCCUCUCAUUAAUUUUUAAAACUGUUGUAUUUUAUCUAUUUUUUGUAAGCAUUAUGUUAUCAACGUACAAGAGGGAAAAUUCAGAUUGAAUCCUAGUGUAGAAUGUGUACACUGAGGAUGUAAAUCAGGGUUGCUACAGCCAGAAAACAUCGGGAAAACUAGGAAUCGCCAGGAAAUUUUUAAAAGUUAGGAAAACCUGGAAAUGCCAGGGAAUGUGAUGAAAGUGUCAGGAAAAAAUUGUUGAGAAGGAUAGUGUGCAAAAUUUUUCUUACUGUUUUUCUAUUUGGUUGAUAUUCACUGUGAAUUAGUGAUUAUCAACCAAUUAAAAAAAUCAGUAAGAAAAUGUUGUCACACUAUCCUGAUAAAAUAGGACCAAUGACAUUUACCAAAGAAGUGAUAAAAUGGCCAAGUCACCUUGAUUUGCUUGCAAAAAUGAGUUUGAUGUAUCGAACAACAAAUGUUAUGUCGAAGUUUUUUUAAAUUAUGUCUUUUUAACCUAGGGACUCUUAUCUAAAUGUAUCAGGGAAAUGUCUUGAAAUUUCAUCUUAUAAAUCCUGUGGCAACCCUGCUCUUAUCAAUUUAUGAAAUUGUUGUAAUUUAUUUAAACAUUUUUUCUAAGUAUUAUGUUAUCAACAUAUGAGAAGGAAAAAGCUGAUCGAAUCUCAUUGUAGAAUGUGUACUGAGGAUGUCAAUAAUCGAAACAGACUAGGGUUGAACCAAUGUUCAGUUUAGUGUGAUGCCACAUUUGGAUAAAAAAAUAGGCAAUUAGGCAAAAUCACUCCUUCUAAUAGCUUGGUUUCCACAAUUGAAAUGGGCUCAUCAAAAUGGGUCACUGUUGAGUGUUAUUGAUCAAAAUUAAGAGAUGCCUGUAUGUAUUGAUCAACAUUAGUCGCAUGCAGAGUGUCAAAGACAUUUAUUUGGACGUAUUCCUAUCAAACGGAACUAUGUGCAUCAAGACAUGAGCCCUGAGACCCAUAAGAAUACACGCAUAACAGGGCUCAUGUCACAAUGCACACAGUUCCGUUCGACAGAAAUACGUCCAUUUGAUGCUCCAUUUAUUUGAGAUUUAUGCCGAUCAAAUAUUAGCGGCGCCUCUUAAUUUUGAUGGGUAACAUUCAAUAGUUGCAUCCAUGGCCCAUUUUGAUCGUGGAAACCAAGUCAAUAGGUUGAUCAAAAUUCCUAGUGAAAGGAGGCGUUUACAGUUUUAAAGAUUUUUCCCUCUGCGUUUUCAAAUUUAUGGAUCAUUUUGAUUUUUAAGUACUGAAUUAAUAAAAUAAUAUUUGCUAAUUUUUUCAAGCAAAUAGGUGUUCUAUACUGACCCUAAUAACUGCCACUACCAUGCAAUUUCCUAAAGUGUAUUCUUGAGAUUUUUUAAAAGAAACCCGGCUAGUUUGGUGGUCCCCUCCUCAAAGAAACUUACCGUGUCUGCACUGUUCCAGUACUUGUGCGGACAUUUUUUUUUUUCAAAAGAGAACCAUUGUAUGAAUUUGUCUGAAAAUUUUAGUGUCUUUUCUCCAAACUGAGAAGAUAAAUGACCAGAAAUUUUAGGCAAAUCCAUUUAACAGUUCCCCUGAGAAAAAAAAUGUUUGCUUAAACACUGUAACAGCACAGACAUGAUAUGUUCCUUCAAAGCAGGUGACAGAACAUCAAGGUGGAAUCCUUUUCCAAAGUUCAAAAAUAAACGUUAGGAGAGUGCAUGUAGCAGUUGUCAGGGCCAAUAUCGGACCAAAUCCGUACAAGAUCUUAAAAUUAUAAUUUAUAUUGUUAUUAAGUAUCCUUCUUCGCUUUUACUGUAUCACUUUUUAGAACUAAUUUUAUCACUCAGAUAUUUCGUUUUUUAAUUUUAUACCUAAGAGAUCAUUUACUGUACAAAUUUUUGUUUAAGAACCAUGGAAAAAAAGAUGAAGUGGCCUGUUUUUAUUUGAUGGGCAUCUUGCAUGUUAAUUAGGACUGCCAGGAUUUUUUGUGUUAUACACUCGAUUUAGUUAUUUGCCCAAGAAUGAGUUUGUUUCCAACAGUCAUUUUAACUUCUAUAGAUUCUUUUGUUUUUUGCCGAUGAAAGUUUGAACAGACCGCUUUUCAUGUCUUUACUGGGUUGGUUCUCAAAGCUUUUAAGAUGUUAAACUUCUUUUUAGGAUCUUUCAAUGAGUUGACAACAAACAUGUCUUAUGCAGCUUUAAUUUUUAUCGUAUUUAAAGGUGCAUUGUAUCAUUGCAUCUUAAGUUUAUUGUGGCCCCAACUUCCUCUUCUUUUCUAUGCUUUAAGUGGAUAAUCGCCAUGUAAUAUUGUGUGCUCAUGUGAUUUAAUUAAUUUUGUAAGGCCAAAGUUUUUUAAUAAAAAUUAUGCAAACAAA